CUUGAUUAUCGACAUGUCAGUCAUAAAUAUAAAAUAGUAAAUUAUAGUAAAAAUAACAAAUAAAAAUGAGUUUCAUGGACAAAUUGCCGACUGUUAUAAGCUGUUGCUUUUGCUGUUUCUUGAGAGCUGGAACUGUUAUGAUCGCACUGUUUUCAUUUCUAUCAGGCCUCCUAUUUGCUCCAAAUGUCACUCACAUCAAAGGAUUCUGGUCUAUGGACCCGGUGCUGUCAUACUACAGCGCGGCGACGGAGAAUGCCAUCCAGAUAAUAUUGGGCAUUGUUUCUAUUAUGCUUUGCUUCGUCAGUGGCUUGCUUGUGGUCGGGGCUUGCUGUAAUAUUCCUGUUCUGUUGGAGAUAUACCAGUGGGGUGCAGUGGCUUACAGCAGUAUCGUCCUCCUUCUGUUCCUAAUACUAACCAUAUUCUGUUUCUUUGUCCACACAAACUGUGCGCUGGCCGGGUUUGUGCUAAUAUUUUUGAUGGUGGUUAUUGUUAUAUUAACGAUGUACUUCGUUAUGGUGGUGAACAGUCUUAGGAUGUCACUUAAGUUUCUGGCAAGUCAAGAUUUGAUAGUUUAGCUCGAGAGAUAAAUAAAUUGUGUUA